AUGCCGGCUUCAACAACAUCCCAACAACCUCCUCGAUUAAAGCCAGAAACUCAUCGUAACUAUAAUAACAAUAUCCGCACCGAAAGGUCGCCCACACCCCCUCGAUCCUCCUCCUCUCGAGGUUCUUCUCGAAGUUCCACCCGAAGCGGUCCAAAAUACAAACCCUCCCGGGGACCCACAUAUAUCCCCUCUCAACCGAUGUCAAAUACACCACCUACUACAAAUAACACAACAACAACCACCACAAACAAGCCUAAAACUCCUGCUGAAAUCCAAAAAGAAAAAGAAGGGGAGAAAGAGAAGAAAGGAGGUUGUGGAGGAUUUUGUUGUGGAACGAUUUUUACGGAUUGUAUGGCGGUUAUUGGGGCUUGUUUUGGGGCUAUUGGGGCUUGUGUCUGUUGUGCUGCUUGUUAA